GCCGUGUGCGUGUUCCACUCCACACAUUACCAUUCCCAUGGCCAAACUGCUCUCCUCCGCCUCGUCUCACGAGCUGCUCGCCCUGCCACCGGCCGUCUCCCUCCCCGUUGUCGACCUCUCCCUCAGUCAUGACGAGGUCCGCCGCGCCAUCCUCGACGCCGGCAAGGAGCUGGGCUUCUUCCUGGUGGUCAACCACGGCGUUCCUGAGCAUGCGAUGCGGGACAUGGAGGCAGUGUGCGAGGAGUUCUUCCGCCUCCCGGUGCUGGACGUGGCACCCUUCUACUCGGACGACAGACGCAAGCCCAACCGGCUUUUCUCUGGCACCACCUUCAACACCGGCGGCGACAAGUACUGGCUGGACUGCCUCCGCCUUGCCUCCACCUUCCCCGUGGGAGACAGCAAGAAUCACUGGCCCGAUAAGCCCCAAAGCCUUCGAGAGGUUGUCGAGACGUUCUUCCUGCUGACAAGAGGUGUGGGCAUGGAGCUACUGCGGCUUCUGAGCGAGGGAAUGGGGCUCCACCCUAACUACUUCGAUGGGCCCCUCAACUGCGGUGAUACCACCAUCUCCCUCAACCAUUACCCAAGGUGCUCGGACUCGAGCCUCGCGCUCGGGCUACCGCCACACUGCGAUCGGAACCUCAUCACCCUACUCCUACCUGGUGUAGUCCCCGGUCUCCAAGUCUCCUACAAGGGUGAUUGGAUUAACGUCGUAACCAACGGGGUGCUGAAGAGCAUAGAGCACCGGGUGAUGACUAAUUCGGUGAUGCCACGAAUGUCAGUGGCGGUUUUCAUCGAGCCGGAUGCGGACUGCCUCAUCGGGCCCUCAGAGGAGUUCAUUGGCGAAGGAAACCCCAUGCGCUACCGUUCCCUCACAUACCGUGAGUUCUUGCGCGUCCACAAUGUUGUAAAGCUGGGCUCAUCGCUCAAUCUUACAACCAAUCUCAGCAACUCUCAACAAACACAAGACAAAAAUACAUGAAGAGCCACAGCCGAUAAGCCUUCACUAUUAUGUUGGUUGCCAGAUCUCUCAACAUGCAUGCCGUGGGUAUAUCAGUUACAUCAAGCUACCUUCCCGGUGUUGUUAGGGUAUACAUGCAUGUUCUGUUGAUGAUACAAGUAAUCUUACUCGUGGCUCGGGCGACUUGAUUACAGAAAGUAAACGACGCAAAACUGUUUUGUAUAGGAAACUUAUCACCCAUACUGACCAGUGUAAUUAUAUCAAUUAAUAGCUUGGAUGUGAAAAUGAAAAAUAGAACAAAAAUGUUGUACAUUUGAUAAUAAACUCAAAGGAGUAACACAA